AUGGACUUUCUCCCGCAUCCCAGUUCCGGCGUUGAACCCUUGGACGUGCCCUUCGUCGCCGACACGCCCUUUGUCUUUGGGUCCGACUUUUGGGACUUCCCCAAGACGCACGGCUUUGGCGACCGCUGGGCCAGCCUGCCCGCGCCCCGUCUGGCCUCGCUCGCCCAGUCGUGGCUCUACUUUGGCACCCUCUCCGAGUUCCUUGGCAGGCCCAUCGACUACCGCGAUUUCCAGGUGUCGCGCAGCGUCUCCGCGAAACCCUUGCUGCCCCUGCUGGACGACUGGAUUGCCUCGUCAACGGCGGUUAGGGAUGGAAAGAAUGAGUCUGAGAAGGAACAUCGGAGGCAGGUGCUGCGCGAGCAUUACACGUUUCUCCACGCCGUCGUCCUCCUGGCCGACGACUUUGAUCGGGUGUCGCAGAGCCAUGUCAAGCCCAUUCCGACCAUCAUCCUGUCGGUCAAGGUGCUCUGCACCGCCCUGAGGAGCCUGGUGUGGGAGCUGGCCCACGGCGACGUCGACGAAGGACUCAGGCCAUGGCCCUCCGCCGCUGCCCGCAGGCGCCACGAGAUUGUGCCCGCAGCCGACACACCAGCGAGCCAGGUCUUGUCACCCAGCGCCCAGCUGAUGCUGGAUGUGCUGCGCUUGCGGGGUUGGUGCCCGUUCUACGCCAAAAAGGUCCUCACCUCAUACAAUUACGCAGUCGCAUACUACUUUACUCGCCUUUUUCGCACCUACUCCCCUGGUCUCAGCCACCAAGCGUGCUCGGAUGACGAGUGCGUCGCCAGCAACGCCGACAUAUUCAGCUAUGUACCGAGACAUGCGCACCACGGCUGCCAAUGCCAGCCCAAGACUGUCCCAAUGGACCAGAUCCGCGCCAUCAUCGAGGAGGGCGGCAUCCCGCUGAUCCGGCUGAGAGGGUCGUCCAAGACCGGGGUGAGGAUACAGGUCGUCAGGAUGACAGCGCGGACACGCUACGUCGUCGUGUCCCAUGUCUGGUCCGAAGGGAUCGGAAACGCAAACGCAAACGCGCUGCCUGAGUGCCAGCUCAGACACCUGCAUGCACACAUCAGCAAACUAAAGUCCUUAAGGGGAAACCAACAAGAUGAACCUGACCUCAACUUGUUGAGCUCCCUUGAUACGGAAUUCCAACCGGCGAGAUCUCGCCGUCCCAAAUAUCUGUGGAUCGACGCCCUCUGCAUGCCGCCCCCCGGUCCCAACGCCUUUCUGAGACUCCGAGCCAUCAACAAGCUACCCGCUGUAUACCAGGCUGCUGACCGGCUCUUGGUCCUGGACUCGACGCUGGAACAGACGUCGAUUGUGGAUUCGGACAGCCUCGAGCAGUUCGCUAGGCUUGCCGUCAGCCCCUGGAUUGGGAGGUGCUGGACAUUCUUGGAGGCAGCCUUGGCCGCGACAUGCGAGGUCCAGUGUGCUGAUGGCACCUUUGACGCCCUUGGACCACAACUCAGGUCACAUAAGGAUGCUAUCACGAAACCACGCAGUAGGCGGCCGGGAAUUCCUUGGCCCGAGGCCCUUACGCUCCCUGCAACCUGGAUGAGCAGGACAUUCCUGCCCAAGCCACAGGCUCAGCCGGACCUGUUGCUAAGCCGUGCCUCGACAGUAAUGAGAGUGAGUGCCACAACCAUGGUUGCAAGUCUGACACGGUCCGUUUGCCGAGAGUUCCGGUCGACUUUCUCGAACGGCGUCAAACCCAGCAGAACCGCGUAUGGUGCGGCAACGCUGGCACCCGAUUAUUGCACCCUGUUUGUCCAGAUCUGGAACGAGCUGAGCAAGCGGGCCACAACGGUCCCAGGCGACAUGCACGUUGUCAUGGCCGCGCUGCUCGGCUUCAACACGGAGCCAAUCAUGAGGCUCAACAAGUCAGCAGAGCGCAUGUCGUGCAUCCUACGCAGCAUGGACGGGAUCCCCGUGUCUCUUUUCUUCAAUCUCCACGGACCGAGGCACAAUCCGACUAAGAACCACCGAGACCGAUGGCUACCGCUGUAUCCUUCCCGACAACCACUGACGUUCGGGUCAACAUUUACCAACGUCCGGUCCAUCAACGCCGAUCUGCACCUGCCGAACAACAGCGUGAGCCGGACCAAGGUGGCCGUUCUCGUCUGUACUGGCGAGCGGGACCCGUUCUCGAGCUGCGCCUUUACCCUACGGGAUACGUCCACAGGGACGCAGUACUCUGUCGCAGUCCACCGAGAAGAGGGGGAAAUGGACGCAUUUACCACGCCAGAGAUCGGCCCGUACUGUAUCGCCAUUCAGAUCGACACAGAACUCGGCCACAGACCCGCAGGCCUGGGCGCUGCCCCAAAGACGUAUGCAGGCGCGCUUUUUCGUGUCAGGAGGGUUGUGACGAACGUCAGGAAACUGUACUAUCACAAUCUAGAGCCGGAAUAUGAGGACUCGUUUGAGCUGAUAGAGGAGGAGGAGUACGGCGGCAAGGAUUCGGAGACGGAAAGCAAGACCAACAGUGAAUACCUCGACGGCAAUCUGGAUGUGGCCUUUUCCCGCCACCACCGCGGGAUUUUGCGAACGGUGUAUGACUGCCCCGUGACAGUCACCCUCCUCCCACCUACACCUACAUGCAUGGGAGUCAACGACGCAGCCAGUCUCAGUCUCACAGCAUCCAAUGCCACCGUCACCACCCCGACGGCAACACCCACCCUAACCGCCCAACCCCUCCCCACAACCUGGCAGGUGGUCAUCGAGCGAGAACCCCCUACGUUCCCGCACCCACUCCCAACCCGCCCGAACCUCGCCGACGCCGUAACCCCCGUCACCCACUAUUUAUUACUCACAGCGCUCGACGGACUGGUCGCCUCCGGCUGUGUGGGGCUAAUAAUCGCAAUCUGUGCAAUCCUUUUUGCUUCCCAUCUCCCCUGGCUUGCGCGCGCAGCCGUGCUGGCCAAAUUGGCAUUGCACGCCCUCUCCCUUGCACAACGGUUGUUCUUUCUCGGUAGUAGUAGUACCACUGGAGGAGGGGGAGGGGGAGGUGGUGGGGUUGAGGUGAGGGUUGUUUGGGAUUUGUUGCAUCUUGCUGUGGUCGCAGUUUACAUCGUGGGUAGGGUCAUCUCCCUCCCCUGGCCGGGGAACGGGGCUGUUGCUGGUGGUGGUGGUGGUGGGGGUGUAAAUAUGGAUGUGCUGGAGUGGGUGUUCAUCGUCUGGGCCGGGGUCGGACACGUGCUGGUGUUGCUUGGGCGGGUGGUUAUUCUGCGGGUGGUGGUGCCGAGGUUGUUUGAGAGGUAUCUGAGGAGUUUUGAUGGGGAUGGGUUUGGACAUGGACAUCCCAAAGAUACUACUUCUAAUGCUAGUAAUGAUAGACGUGGAUUAGGCUGGUGGGUUGGUCGGUUUGGGUUUGGGUUUGGGUUUGGAUCUGGUUGGUGGGCGGCUGCUGCCAGCAGGAGAAGGCGCAGGCGGCGGAGGAAGGGAAGGGCGGGAGGAUUGGGAUACGAAUAUGCCGGGGAGGAGGCUCAGCAGGAUCAUGACCAUGACCGGGAUGUUAUGCAGGAAGGGUUGGGUAUGGGAAUGGGUUUGGGUUUGGGAAAGAUCGGGUCUCGGUCUCAAGGCAAGGGGCGCUCGGGGGAACAGCAUUUACUGGGGGAUAUGGAGGGGUUGGUCUAA